UAACACCUGUCGAUUCAAGCAGCCUGACUGAAAAUGAAUCUCCCUUAACAACAGGAUAGCGCAUGUAAACAAGACGGUUGUCUGGAUAUAGCAAACCAUUUUGGCUAAUCGAUGGCCAAUCAACAAAUCGGACAAGGGACGUGUUGUGUUCACGGAUUUAAGAUUUACGGUUAAAAAUUAUAACGUAAUUAGUACAAUAUUAAAUGUCGACGAUGAAAACUGUGCACUUCGAAGAAGUAAACGACGUAAUGGAGCAGAUGUUGAGGGCUCCGAUUUUUGAAACUACAGAAAAACGGAUGUUGGCUACUCUUAGCAAGAAGAUGUUAGAUCCGAACUUAGUCAUGGAUGUCAGGCACAAGAUAUUCCAUGAACCGUUAUCCCUGUCUCCGUCAAAGGACGUCAUACUACAAGAAGCCAAACGCUUGAUUCUGGACGAAGAGACGCAAGCUUUGUACCGGAGACGAGAGCAAAAUAUGUUGGAGUCAGAGCUGAAGAGGUUUCAGUCACACCUUCAAAAAAGUCGCCCAAAAUUCCGAGGGCCGUACAUUUGCUCUCGAAAGAUUUUGGCCAACUCAAACGACGAUCAAUUUUGGGCCGGAGUAAGCGGUGUAGCAAAGAAAGAAAUUGAACGAUUAUCCGAAACGGUCAUUGAAAUCGAAUCCAACGGUACGAUUCAGCUGCAGACGGAACAAUCGGUGAAAUUGGAAGAAAGCAAGUAUCCCUGCCCAAUUAUUGUCACGAUCAAGGAUAAACCGAUUACGGAAUCCAAGGAAGACCGACUGGAAUUAAUGAGACGCGCUUUCGAGGCAUUGAGGCGAAACGUCGUUCAAGAAAGGCAGUUGCAAGAGCUGCGGAUCAAGGUUCAGGAGAGAAUAACGACGCACAGAUUACAGCACAGCUUUCACACCUGGAGGACCUUCGUCGACAACGCGAGGACCCGAGCUCAGCUGAAGAAGGACGGAAAGGAGAUGUCGAAGGAGCGGAAAAUCGAAUUGUUCGUCAACGCUAUCAGCGAGAAGCAAAAGGAACUUGCCAAAUUGCAGAACAGAACGAAUUCCGCCGAUAUUUCGGCCACUCUUCGCCGCACCCAAAGUGCCGAUCAUCCUCUAACGACGCUCAAUCCGAUCUCGGUGAAGAAAAAUUCUGCAAAAACAUUAGCGGUCGUGGAUCCACCGGCAAAACAUCGCUUGAAUGCUCAGAGGAAGAUAAUAGCCGAGCAAAAGGCUAAGCUUGCUGAACAAAAUAGAAUAAUCGAAGAUUUAAAGCUGAAACAAAUUGAGAAAGAAACUCGACACGCCAGUCGAGACACCAUCAAUGUUGCCAAGGAAGUUUUAACCCAUUUUGGGGGUCGGACUAGGAGAACUCUCAUAAAAUUGAUCAGAGAUGAAGGCUGCAAAGACAAAUCAAUAGUCGAACCUCCGCGACUCCCGAGCCCUCCGAAGUUUUUGAUACGGAUGGAAGCCAGAGCAGAAGCAAGACGGGAACGGGUGAAGCGAGCACAGGAAGAACGAGAAAAAAAAAUGGAGGAGAAACGAAAGAAGGAAGAGUCUGAAAGGCGGGCUGAAGACGAGGAGAGGAAGAGACUGCAGCUCGAGGCACAAAAGGAGGCGAGAAGAUUACGGGAAGAGCAGGAACAACGAAGAGCCCGGGAAGCUGAACGGACAAAGCAUUUGAAUCAGAUAGCGGAUGACUUUCGGCGAAAGUACCUGCUGCGACGAUACAUGAUGGAGCCGUUCUUCAGGCUAAUAGACACAAAGUACAACUACAUAAAAAUAGCCGACGACCAUUACCAUGGUUCGCUCCUUCGAAGGACUUUAGGAAUCUGGCUGAAGGAGACCCACGAACGAAUCUCUGUGAAAAUGGAUCUCGCCUCGGCGGUUUACAACCGGAAUAUUUUAUGGUACGCCUUCAGGGACUGGCGAGAUUUCGCCAGAAGCGAAGCAAAAAAGAUGCAGGUGGCCACAGAUUUUCACGCUAUGAGGCUUCAGGAGAAAUGCCUCAGAGUGUGGAACGCGAAGACGGUGGAAAGCAAGAUUCAGACACUCAAUGACGAACAGUUAGCCCGCGAGCAUUACAGAAAGAGAUUAAGGGCGAAAUACUUUGCCAAAUGGAAAGACUACCCGACCAUUGCCCGGGAUAUUAAGGAAAAGGAGAAACGAAAAGACAAGUGGAGGGAACUCGUUCAAAGAGUUAUACCAGACUUUGAUCCCAAGCAACGAGGAGUUGCCAUUGAAGAUUGAUUCCUACGAUUGAGUCUGCAUGAAGUCUGGAGAUUAGAGCGUGACUGACUAUGAACGUGAUCCAAAUUUUCCGAUCUUCUACAGUGUUUUAAUUUAGAACUCUCUGGCAUGGCCGAAGACUUGUUAAACUCGUGACAAAGAACGUGUCACGGUACCUCAGUCAAGUUCAGAUAAACGUUUCAAACAAUUCCACGAUGCGUGCAAUCGUCCUCGCACGAUGUACGGAGUAGAAACGAUGUAAAUAUUAUAUUAAUGAGUAUAUAAAGAUAGAUAAGCACAGUACAUAGUGAUUACUGAUUGGCCACAGUCCGGUACUUACUCUCUGUGAACGUGGAAUAUGGUUACUUUUGCAAUAUUUGUCGAUAUGUAUAAAUUUAUCUAAAGGAAGACGGAUUUGAUUUUCAUAGCCGCCAAAAAUAGGUAUUAUAACAAGAAUAGUACGUGAUAGAUUAGUUGUUUUUUUCUUAUUCAUCUAUUCACUAGUU